AUGGGCUAUAAGCUUUGCCUACUCGGAUGCGGAACGAUGGGAAUUGCGAUCACCUCUGGCUUGAUUUCAAGCCUGGAGACGCGAUGGAACAGUCCCGUUCAAACUUUUGGUGAUCAUCCUCCAUCAUCCGGUACAUCCACUCCUGUCCCUUCAUACAUGAUGGGUGUAUCGGAAGAUGCACUUCCGUCAAAAUUUUUGGCCACCGUAAGUCGUAAGGAAAGUGCCAAGAAAUUACGCAAGUUGUUCUCGGAGUCAUUCGGGGAACUGGCAAACCUCGUAGACAUUUUCGUUGGAGAAAACGUUGCAGCAGUGCGAGAUAGUGAUGUAGUGCUGGUCUGUUGUAAACCUCAACUGGCCGAAGCAAUACUCACAGAGGAAGGGAUGCGAGAGGCCAUCCGAGGGAAACUCGUCAUUAGUAUCAUGGCUGGGGUCACUAUUAACCAGCUAAGUGAGUGGUUAGACCCUAGUGUUAGAGUUAUUCGUGCCAUGCCGAAUACGCCAUCGAAAAUUCGCGAAGGAAUGACUAUCGUAUCAACACUUCCUUCAGCCUGCGAAGCGAACGAGCGUGAAAUUAUUCUUGCCAUCUUUUCCUCCAUUGGUCGAUGCCGUUUCCUUGAUGAGAAACACUUUGAUGCAUGUACGGCGUUGUGCGGAUCUGGACCAGCAUUUGUCUCAAUCGUGCUUGAGGCUCUGGCGGAUGGGGGUGUGAUGAUGGGAUUACCUAGAGUCGAGGCGUUGGAGCUAGCGGCUCAAACCGUACAGGGAACUGCUCGCAUGGUGUUACAGACAGGCAUUCAUCCGGCAGCGCUAAAAGAUUCCGUCACGACACCAGGUGGAUGUACGAUUGCUGGAUUGCUAUCUCUGGAAGAUGGCAGAGUACGGUCCACUUUUGCUCGAGCCAUUCAGGUGGCAACUAUCAAAGCUCAUGAGCUUGGACAGCCCACGAAGCAUUAG